AGAUCGGAUUUAAUAAUAUUAUUUCAUUUUAUUUAAUAUAAUUAACAAAAUUUAAUUGAAUUUAUAUUUUAAAAUUUGUAUUUCUUUAAACUAUUAUUCUAUUAUUUAUUAUAAGUACACUCCGAAAUAAAAAAAAAAUCACAGUUUGCUAUAGUGUAUAAAAUUAAUUUCUAUUGACAAAUUAAAAACAACUUGAAUUUAUUCACAAUAAAUUAAAAAUAAAGAUAAUAAAAAAAUGGGUGCGCUUGGAAUAAUAACAGUUUCUAUUAUUUUAAUAAGUUUAUAUAAAUUCAUUCCAAGAUUAAUAAAAUUUAUUAAAUUUACUAUCCUGAUUAAUAAAAUACCUGGUCCGGCAUUUUAUCCAAUACCUUAUGUGGCUUUAGCUGGUGCAAACAAACCAGAAGAUAUAGCAUUAUGGCUUCAGAACCAAUACGGAAAAUUCAAAGAAGGUAUCAUGCAACUGGCUAUAGUUUUAGACGCUUAUAUUUUUAUAAGUAAACCUCAACAUAUAGAGGCUGUUCUAAACAAAACAGAAACUUUAUCAAAAGCUACUCUAUAUCAUAAUUAUCAAUUUUGGUUAGGUGAUGGUCUAUUAACAUCGUCAGAUGAAAAAGCGCUUCAGAAAAAAAAACUUUUGAUGUCAGCUUUUCAAUUUGGUGUUCUGGAUCAAUUUAUAGAAAUCAUGUCAGAAAAAGCGGAAAUUCUUGUUCAAUGUAUAGAAAAUGACAUACAAAAAAAUGCAGGAGAAGCAAUUGAUUUUUAUAAAUAUUCUGUCAGAUGUGCACUAGAUAUUAUUUGUGAAACAUCAAUGGGAACAAAUAUAGACGUUCAAAGGAAUAAAGACAUAGAAUAUUUCAAAGCCUUAAAUGUAUUGCUUUAUUCAUUUAUAAAAAGAUUGCUUUAUCCAUGGUUACAUUGGGAUUGGAUAUUUUAUCGAUCAAAAAUGGGAAAGAACUUUAAAAAGUCUCUAGAGGUGACGAACACUUUUAUAAUAGAGAUUAUUAAAAAACGAAGAGAAUUGCGGAAAAUGAAAAAUAGAGAAAUGAAACGAGAUGAAUUUGGUAAUCGACAGAAAAGAACAUUUUUGGAUCUCUUAAUGGAUUUAGAUGAAAAUGAAACAUUUAAAAUGGGAGAUGAAGGAAUAAAACAACAGGUGGAUAAAGUUGUGUUUGCUGGUCACGAUACAGUUGCAGCAGCUGUAAAUUGGGCGAUAUUUAACAUAGGAAAUAAUCCUGACGUUCAACUAAAGAUACAUGAAGAAUUGGAUGCUGUAUUUGGAAAUUCAAAUGAUCUGAUUACUUUGCAAAAAAUUUCUCAACUUUCAUAUCUCGAUCGAGUGAUUAAAGAAAACCUCAGAUUAUGUCCUUCUAUUCCACUUAUUGGACGACAUGUGACUGAAGACAUUGAAUUAGAUGGUUAUACCAUUCCCAAAGGAGCAAAUCUUGGUCUCUGUAUAUUUUUCCUACAUCGAGAUCCUGAAUUAUGGCCAAAUCCUAUGAAAUUUAAUCCUGAUCGAUUUUUACCAGAAAAUUGUCGAAAACGACAUCCUUACGCUUAUAUUCCAUUCAGUGGAGGGCCGGGAAAUUGUAUAGGAAUAAAAUUUGCAAUGGCGGAACAAAAAAUUAUUUUAACAAAAAUCCUUCGAAAAUGGCGUGUUAAAAGUGUUAAAAGUAUGGAAGAAAUGAAAUAUCAACCUAAUGUUAUACUUCAUCCAUAUGAGGAAAAUCGAAUCUAUUUUUUUCCUCGAUGAAUAUUAUAAUUUAUAUUUUAUUCCAAUUUUAUAAAUAAUUAUAUUAUAUUUUAGACAUAUA